AUGUCGGAAAAGGAGCUAAAAUUCGAUUCAAGCGAUCCUCCUGCAUACAGCCAUGCUGAUGUUUACAAUGUUGACCUUGAGAAGGGACUUCCUCUGUAUACACCAAAAGACAUAAACAAAACUUCCAAUUCAACUUCUGUCAAAGCCAAACAAAGCAAAAAAACGAUAAUUACUGAAUUUGAUAGCUUCAAUGAUUUCUUUACCGACUUUAGGAAGAAGACAGAUCAUUAUUUCCCUGAAAAUGUAGUCGUUAAACGUAAACGGAUGUUUUACCUUUUGAUAUCGGUUUUAUCAUUGCUUUGUGCAUUAGCAAUCUCCUAUCGUUUCGAACUUUUUUCUUUUCUGAAACAAGUAUAUAUGGAAAAUGGAUACAGUUGGGCCCUUCUUGGACCUUUAGGCAUUUGGCUUGUGAUAUGGGCAAUAUUCUUUGCUCUUUUCUAUGGUAAGUGGAGCAUUGUUGUUAAUAGCAAACGCUAUUAG